UCAUGUUACACAGGAGAGAGGAUCAGCCGCAGCACAGCUCCCAGUCAGUUGAGAAUUACACCUUCCUAAUGGGGACUUUUAUGUGUGACUUCUUUACAACUCUCACAACUCAGUGAAGUUCACAAAGACAAGAAAGGAAACUACAACCAGAACAGCAACGGGAUAGAACUUUCCAAAAACUUUUCUUUCUCUUUUUUUUCUAUAUUUUAUUCCUUGGAAAUAUAAAAGCUGCAGCAAUCUAUUUAUUUGCAUCUCCCAGCCUCAUUCCUGUAACCUGCUUGGCAUCUACUGAACAGCUGUUAUUGAUCCACCUGGGUAUAUUAACCACCAGUCAGAAUUCUGGAUUCUGUUCCUUGGAUUAAGAUUGUGGAUUAUUUAUUCUAUUUAUUUAUUUAUUAUUCCUCUGGACAGCAUGGAGGGGAAGGAAGUGUGGAAAGGUGCUGCUAGCCAUGGUAGCGUCUUCUCUAGGAGUUGUAAGAACAUCCCCUGUAGGACAGAGAACUGUGGGAAGUGCAGCAGGUUCCCUGCACUCUUGGGAUGUGGGUUUGCCCUUGUAUCAGUAUUUUCUCUGCUUCUUAGUCUUCUGGUUUUGUGUAGAACUUCUGACCUGCAGUCCAGGGUUUCUGAUUUAGAGAAGCUGCGAUACACUCAGCUAUCUGCCUUAGUCUCUGCAGACCAAAUGGAGACAGCUAUUUUGGGAAGAGUUGACCAACUGCUGGAAGAGAAACUGAAAUCUCAUCUACCAAGACUUCGAGAGACAAGAGAUACGAGUGUGAAGUGCAUAUGUCCACCUGGGCCUCCUGGAACAAGGGGCAAGAGAGGACAAAAUGGGGAGCCAGGACCACCUGGACCUGGUGGACGCCCUGGUAUUCCGGGUGAUAAAGGUGGUCUCGGAAUGCCAGGACGGAUGGGAUUAAAAGGUCAGCUUGGAGAGAAGGGCGCUCCAGGAGAACCGGGCAUGUCUGUCAUAGGACCCCGUGGCCCUCCUGGUCAGCCUGGAACACGAGGUUUUCCUGGAUUUCCCGGCCCAAUAGGAUUAGACGGCAAGCCAGGCCAUCCAGGUCAAAAAGGUGAAAAGGGAGAUAUGGGUUCUCCUGGUCCAAAGGGAAAUACAGGAACAACAGGUGCCAAAGGAGAAAAGGGUCUCUGUGCGGAUUACUCUCACAGGCUGUUGCCUGCUAUGAUUAAUACAGUGCGGGCGGUUCAGCCAGCAGUCGUAAGAAAGCGCAUCUUCCAGGGUGAACAGGGUCAGACAGGAACUCAAGGUCCACCAGGGCUACCGGGCCCACCUGGGCCACCUGGACCAGUGGGACCUUCAGGAGAUAUAGGAUUGCCAGGGAAUACUGGACAACCUGGAAAAACAGGUGAGCCUGGUAAGCCUGGGAAAGAUGGAAAAGAUGGAAAAGGUAUGCCUGGACCUCAGGGACCCAAGGGAGAGUCGGGGACUGCAGGAAUCCCAGGAAGGAAGGGGGACUUAGGUGAAGCUGGCUUGCCUGGUGCACCUGGGCUUCCUGGACCGGUGGGGGGAAAGGGAGAGAGAGGCAUGCCCGGGAUGCCAGGGAAACAUGGAGCAAAGGGUGAUCCAGGAGUCUCAGGAACAAAGGGUGAAAAGGGUGACACUGGCAAUGCACUUGGUGGAGUUAAAGGAGAACCUGGUACUCCAGGCCCAUCAGGACCUCCAGGACCAAAGGGAGAAACUGGUGCUGUUGGCCAACCUGGAACUCAGGGUCAACAGGGUGAUAAGGGUUCUGCGGGAGCUAAAGCAGAUCAAGGCCCUCCUGGACCAAGAGGUCCUAAAGGGGAGCCAGGAAAAUUCAACAUUGUGGAAUAUAAUAGCAAUCUGAGCGAGGCAUUACAGGUAAUAAAAGAAAGCUGGGACGCUAGUUUAUGUCCUCCCGGUCCUCCAGGGCCACCAGGUGUACCAGGACAGAAGGGUGAAAUUGGAUUGCCUGGUCCUCCUGGCCAUGAUGGGGACAAGGGCCCUCGAGGGAAACCUGGUGAGUUUGGACCUCCAGGUCCCCAAGGACAGGAUGGACUUCAAGGACCAAAGGGAGAUACGGGAUCUAGAGGAUUACAAGGGCCAAAAGGAGAUAAAGGAGAUAUAGGACAAACAGGAUCACAUGGUCUCGAUGGCCCCACUGGAGAAAAGGGAGAUCAUGGCGACCAAGGAGUUCCAGGACCCCCAGGUCUACCUGGCCCAAUUGGACUUCCAGGGCUUACAGGAGAGAAGGGUGAUUCUGGAGACAAAGGAGAAUCUGGGAACUCUGUUUCUGGGCCCCCAGGACUUCCUGGUGUUCCUGGGCCUGUGGGUCCACCUGGAAUUCCUGGCCAAAAGGGUGAAGUAGGAGAGACUGGUGCAAAAGGGGAGAAGGGAAGUCAGGGAGAAAAAGGAGAUAAAGGUCCUUUGGGUUUACCAGGGACCCCUGGACCAAUAGGAGUUCCAGGACCAGCAGGACCAAAAGGGGAGAGAGGCAAUAAAGGAGAUCCUGGUGUACCGGGACCAACUGGACCAGCAGGGCCACCUGGGCUGAUUGGUCCUUCUGGUGAGAAGGGAAGCCGGGGGGAAAGGGGGAAGAAAGGCUCUAGGGGGCCUAAAGGGGAUAAGGGAGACCAAGGAGCGCCUGGAUUAGAUGCACCCUGCCCGUUGGGAGAAGAUGGUUUACCAGUACAAGGCUGUUGGAAUAAGGGUCAGACUCCAUGGCUAAUAGCCAAAAAGUGA